AUGUCCGUGCCGAUCCAAAGAGCCAUUGGGCAGUCUUGUGGAUUGACAACAGCCACGUUGUCGACAACCUGCAAUGGCGUAUGCUCACAGUACGAACCGUGCGUGGUUUACACCGGCUCCUCAUGUCCUCAAGGCGUUUCGUGUAUCACGAGCAACCAGUGCGAGAUCCAGUGCUUCUCGUUGAAACCGCGGACCAACUCGACUACGUUCACGUUUGCGAUCGCGUUUCAGCGGAUACGAACGGCAGACAGCAAGUUGUUCAUUGAGGAAAAGGCUCAUGGUCGUUUGAACGAGACCCUCACGGACGCGACAGUCGGUACCGACGCCAUCUCAAGUCUCAGUACUAUUGAUCUUCAGCCUGCUGUGAUCUCGUUUGCGGUCGUUGGAGGCUCAAGCGCUACUGCGUCUUCGGUGAAGAGCGAGGUCGUUAAGGUGACCUUUGGUUCCGAUGUCAUCUCUUCACAAACUCACGUCACGAACGUCGUGCUCAAGAACUUGGACCUUUCGACUCCUGCUACGCUAGAGCAACUACCGAUCGUGCUGCCAAAGUCGUUGCAGAAACUUGAUCUAACCAACACACUGCUCACGUCAUUUCCGACACUAGUAGCAAACUUCACGAGUCUCCGCGAUCUUAACCUGAACAUGAACUCGAUGACUGAAAUUGCCGCGACGGAAGCACUCAAUUCGCUUGGUCACCUAAGUCUUCGCAACAAUAACCUCAACAGGUUCCGUGCUGUUUUCCCCAAUCUCGUCACACUGGACUUGACCAACAACAACUUGACCAGCAUUCCUCCCAGCAUCUACAUCCAUGAAGGUCUGAAGGAACUGCGGAUAAAAGGCAAUCCUCUGACCAAACCGUGGUUCACACAGCAGCAAAUUGACUGUCUAAGCCAACUCAAUGUCUUGGAUCUGGAAAACAAGGACUUCACGAAAUCUAUCGACAGCUGCAGCAAGAAAGACCAACUUAACGUGCAUGCCUUGAUCGUGUGCAUCUCAGACAGUCCCGAUGAAGAUGGCAAGGAUAUCAAUGAAGCUAGUACGGGUACAUCUUCGUCAACGGCUUCGGACGUAUCUACUAUCGUGGGUGUCCUAGUGGGUGGCACCUUGAUUAUUGGUGUCAUGGUGUUCGCGACCAUGUGGGUAUACAGGAGACGUGUGCCGCGUGCUCUGGAUCGCCGCUCAAAAAUCGUCCGCGAGUCUUACUUAGGUGGUUUAUCACCGCCUCUUGCGCGAUCGCCUGCUACCAAAAGUUAUCGUGGUGGCCGUCGUACACCUUUGAGUGGCGGACCACGGUGUUGUUCGAGUGGCUAUGAAACUACUGACAACAACAACAUCUCUCGACUCUCGACUCGCAGUACACAUAGUACCAAUAGCUUCACUGCGUAUUCACUCUGGAAUGACGAAGAGCUGCUGUCGUUGCAGGUAAAGUGUGACGAGAUUGAAGAUGUUGGUACUAUCGGCAGCGGAUCUUUUGGUAUCAUUUGGCUUGUCAAGUAUCGAGGGUCUCAGCUACUGGCGUCCAAGCGACUUCGAUCUGAUCAGGUCACCAAACAGCGUACACAGGCAUUGAUCGAAGAGAUCAAGAUGGUCGCUCCUUUUGAUCACCCGAACGUUGUCCGCUUUAUCGGAUGUGCAUGGACCAUCGAGACUGACUUGCAAGCACUGUUUGAGUACAUGGAAAACGGCGAUCUGCGUGAUUACCUGGUAAAUCCGAGUUCGCCUCGUCACUGGAGUCAAGAGCUAUUGCAGUUAUCCCUGGAUGUCAUUGAAGCACUCGUGUACAUGCAUUCCUUCACACCGCCAUUGGUGCAUCGCGAUCUAAAGUCUCGAAACAUUAUGCUGUCAAGCGAGUUUAAAGCUAAGGUGACCGAUUUUGGAGCGUCCAGGUACAAGUCAGUAGAUGAAACCAUGACUGCAGCUGUCGGGACGGGUCGGUGGCUCGCACCAGAGGUCAUUUCCGGCAGCACCACGUACGAUCAAUCCGUCGACGUCUUUUCGUUUGGUGUCGUGCUUUCUGAAUUGGAUACGCACACAAUCCCGUAUGAUGACGCUCGCAGUGCGAAUGGCAAUCGCUUGAACGACAUUGCGAUUCUCCAGCUGGUGGCUACAGGUCAAUUACGUCCUCGAUUUGGAGCAGGUUGUCCACCAGAGCUGCAUGCACUGGCCGAUCGGUGCCUCGACCAAGAUCCUGGAAAACGCCCACCAGCUUAUGUGGUAGCAUACGAGCUACGGAAUAUUCAACGCUCACAUUAUGCGUCACUUUAG